GUCACUGUGUUCGUGGUUAAGCUGGUCAAAGUACGAGCGCUUAUUGCCAGCGUCAAGAACAAUUUUGUUGUCAUAAAAUCCAUCCUGCUGCAUUGAUUUCAAGAAUACUUGACGGAACCCAGUUUCGUUUGAAUCUUGUGAAGUGAAGAUCAAAUCUAAUCAAAGUUUACAAAGUGUAACAAUUAGUUGGAUUGUUUGCUAACUAAAAACUUCAGGGCCUUAUCUUAUCUUAUUCUUAUAUAGAUCUAAUAUUAAUACAGACGUUACUUCAAAAAAGAAGAUUUAUGGAGGAUUUAUGUGGAGGCCCCUACUAAGUCUAACAAAGUAAUGGCUGUACGACAAGUACCAUCGUGCAUGAGGCAAUUAAUAGCCAAGAAAUUAGGGUCUAAUUUUCGAGAAGUGACAGAAAUAGUAGAUGUUCCAGUUCCUACCCCUGGUCCAAAAGAAGUUCUAAUACGAAACAGGUUUCUUGGUAUAAAUGCAUCAGAUAUCAACUAUACAGCUGGUAGAUAUGACCCUUCAAUCAAGCCUCCUUUUCCUGUUGGGUUUGAGGGCCUUGGAGAGGUGGUCGAAGCAGGCUCUGAAGCAAAAUAUAAAGUGGGUCAGACAGUUGUGUAUUCAAAAUUUGGUUGCUUUAAAGAUUAUGUGGCUGUUGAUGGCAAUGCAGUUAUGCCUGUGCCAGCCUGUGAUCCAUCUUAUUUGACUUUCAUGGUUAGUGGCCUGACAGCUGCUAUAUCACUGGAAAAGCUUGGUAAUUUGUCUUCAGGGAAAGUAGUUCUAGUCACUGCUGCAGCUGGUGGUACAGGACAGUUUGCUGUUCAGAUAGCCAAGAGAGCUGGUUGUCAUGUGAUAGGGACUUGUUCCAGUGAUGAUAAAGCUGAAUUUCUCAAGACUCUAGGCUGCGAUCGGGCUGUAAAUUAUAAAAAAGAAAAUCUAGACAAACUUUUGUCACAAGAAUAUCCAAAAGGUGUGGAUUUAGUUUAUGAAUCUGUGGGCAAUGAAAUGUUGGACACUGCACUUAAAAACUUGGCUAUCUUUGGACGUAUCAUUGUCAUUGGAUCAAUAGCCAAUUAUGAAGCUUCUAAAAGUGAAACAUUUCAACAAUUUGUGACGUCCAGUAAAGUUGAUGCCUCAAUGGCUCUGCUUACAAAAUCUGCAAGUCUUCAAGGAUUCUUUUUAAAUCAUUACCGUAAGGAGUCUCCCCUUCAUCUUCAACAGUUGACCAAACUUUACCUUGAAGGGAACCUGAAAGUGUUCACUGAUUUGGGAAAUGGGGUCCCUACUGGACCUUUUGCGGGUCUUGAGAAAGUUGUGGAUGCAGUUGAGUACAUGUAUUCAAGACGGAAUAUUGGUAAAGUAGUGGUACAGCUUCCAGAGAGAAGUCAACUUUGAACAAUAUACUUACCAUUCUCUUCCCUUCAUCUUGACCGUUAAUCACUCAAAAUCUUAAACACAUAGAUUUAUUGUUUUGUAAUGUUUGUUGCAAAUGUAAAAAUAAGUUAUUUGAUAAUGUGAUUUUAUAACUACUGCACAAUCCUUUUAAGAAGUAGGCAACAUUGGGUCCUCUAAGUAAUCUGGGUUUAUUUACACUUCAUCAAGGAAAACAACUGAAUAAUAUUGAUAUUCUACAAAAUACUUCCAUGUUAAUAAAGUCGUUACAUGUUAAGGUACCGUAUGUAAUAUUUUGUGAUUGACUUUGACAAAAUGUUCUGAAAUAGCUUUCUAGGGGAUGUGUUUUUUUUUUCCAAACAUCAUUUGCAUUUCAUUUGUAUUUUUUCUUCCAAUAAUAUGAAAUUUAAAAAAUUGAUAAUACAUUCUGUUUUGAACUUAGAUGAUAUUGAUAUAGCAAGUAAUAAUUACAAAUCAGCACAUAUUGUCUGGUGUGUGUGACUUUGAGAGUGCUGGGAUCGGAGACAUCUCAGUAAGCCUUUGUCCUUCGCUGGGCACUCGUACACAUAAUGGGUCAUUAGCGUCUAUACAUGAAGUAACAUUCUAUGUACCAUCAUGCACACACACAUAUAAUGUGAUGCUAAAAAUAGAUAGGUAAGGACAGGUGUAUUGUAGGAGUCAAAAAAAAAAAAAAAAAAAAAAAAAAAAGAACAACUAUAAA